ACUUUCACCCGCGUCCUCGCGUCUGAUGCAGGGCCGCCCAGUCUUGCCUCCGCCCUUUCGCCCGGCCGCUGGAAGCGAGCGCCCAGGUCUCGGAGGAGGCGGCCGCCGAGGGGAGGAGCUAGCCGGACAGCCGGAGCGGGGAAGGAGGAGAGAGAGACAGGCCGGGACGGGAGGAGCGAAGCAGGCCCGGAGCUGAAGGGGAACGCUGAGGCUGCCAGGCCGGACUCGGCCACUGCUGCCGGGAUGGACCAGCAGCAGCCUGUUAGUCGGUACCAAGUGCUUCAUAAUGAAGAUGAUCCUCCAGAAUCAUCAGUUGAACAACCAUCCACCUCUACGGAACCUGUACCGGCUUUUCAAAUAGAGGCAUCUUUACCUGAAGUGGAUACUUCCCCUCCACCUUAUUGUAGCAUUGCUGCAGAAGCGGCCGCACCAACAGAAAUGGAAUCACCUAAUGAAUUUUACCCAGUGCCACCUCCAUACAGCGUAGCUACCUCUCUUCCCACUUACGAUGAGGCAGAGAAGGCCAAAGCUGCAGCAAUGGCAGCUGUUGCAGCAGAAGCAGCAGCCCACAGACACGGCCAAUUUAGGGAGUCUAGGAGUCUGUUUGAUGAAAUAUUCCUGAGUCCACCAGAGGAAGAAGAGUAUCCCCCAAGAGAUGACUUCAGUGACGCAGACCAGCUGCGUGUGGGGAACGAUGGCAUAUUUAUGUUGGCUUUUUUCAUGGCAUUCAUUUUCAACUGGAUUGGAUUUUGCUUAUCAUUCUGUAUAACUAACACCAUAGCAGGAAGAUAUGGAGCUAUCUGUGGGUUUGGAUUGUCUUUGAUCAAAUGGAUUCUUAUUGUCCGAUUCUCAGAUUACUUUACUGGCUAUUUCAAUGGACAGUACUGGCUUUGGUGGAUAUUUCUUGUACUUGGCCUCCUUCUAUUUUUCCGAGGUUUUGUUAAUUAUCUGAAAGUCAGAAAUAUGUCUGAGAGUAUGGCAGCUGCUCAUAGAACAAGAUUUUUCUUCUUGUAUUAGAGACUGCACCGACCAGACAUUCCUUUCUCUUACCAAUGUGAACUUCCAGCCAAUCUAUUACCUUCCAAGUGAAUAGGGGAAGAUGACUACUAUAUCUGAAGCAGGAUCCUUUUUGCCGCUUAGUGAAUGACAGAGUGGUUUAUGCUUAAGUGCCAGUUCUGUUCAUUCUAGUAAAUAUUUAUAUUAAGCAUUGCCUUUUGUCUUGCACAUAUAUACAUAUAUAUAUGUGUGCUAAUCAGCAAGAACUUUUAAAAGAAUAAAGUUCAUGCAUAUAGUCUGCUAAGCAGCUGAAUACAGUUAGACUUAACUAAAUUGUGUUUGACUCUGGAAUAUUUUUAAGGGGUAACCAUUUUUCACAGUAUUAUGUACUAUCCAUUUGUUGGUCUAUUGAUUUGUUGGAUGCAGACAACUUGUACCAAAUGGUAAAUUGCUUGGGACUCUGCUGGGAUAUAUAUUACAUUCAUCCAAUUAUGCACAUAGAACAUUUUUAUCAUACAAUUUGUUGCUCUAUAGAUACAUGUUGAAAAGCUUUCUAUUGAGGGCUGAACAAGGUUGUCCCUGUACACUUUUUUUGUGGUGGUUUAAUUGUGUAAAUCAGCCUCUUCAUAGAUUUUGGCAAUAUAAUAGGGUAAAGUAUAUCGGACUUUUAAAUCACUGCCAUUUUGAAAUUCAGGAGGAGCUAAUUCUCGAAGAAUGCAUUAAGCUACAGAUACUGUACAGCUUAAUAAAUACUGGUUUGAUUCUUAUGAGAAUACAGUUGCAGCUAUCCUGCUACCAUCUUACAUAAUGCUGGGAACCAGAGAACAAAUAGAAGUAAAAUCACAAGGGGGAGGCUGCAUCUGAUUCAGUUGUCAAUUUAAGGAGGAGUUCUAUUUUUUAGUUCUUCCCACAUUAUUUGUGCAUUUUUGCCUUGACAGAGAAACUUGGGCUUAAGCCCCAUUGGAAUAAUAGCUGUUCAGGUUACAGAUAUUUGGGGAAAAGAGAUAUGCAAAUUACAGCUCUUCUCAUAAAUUGAGCUGCUUAUGGGUAAUUCAGCUAGAUAAUUGAUUGAUAUAAGCCCCCACAAGAAAGCUUUAAGCAUACUUCUAUCAGGCCAAAAGAAUUAAUAUGUGGAUAUACUGAACAAGUAUAUAUUCUAAAUGCAUGACUGAAGGAUGAAUUUGGAUCCCAUUUCUGUGGAAAAAUCUAAAUUCAUUCUCUUGUUUAUCAUCUCGUUAGCUCUAGCAUAAAUGAUUCCUGCAUUUUUCUUGCUUAAUAUACCGUAUCUCUGCCUCACUCUUCCCCAUCCUGCUACAGCAGUGUUUCUCAACCAUAGCAACUUCAACAUACGUGAACUUCAACUCCCAGAAUUCCCCAGUCAACAUGCUGGCUGGGGAAUUCUGGGAGUUGGAAUCCACAUAUCUUAAAGUUGCCAAGGUUGAUAAACACUAGCCUACAUUUGCAAGGUACAACUGAAGAAUAGGAAUGUAUGUUCUCUAAGCAUUCCAGCCAGUCGUCUUUUGGCAAAGGGAAGAUACAGGGGAGACCUGCACCACUCCCAGUUGAAAGGACAAUGUAGUAUUUCAACAUGGAAUAUCAUUUUGCAUUGUUGUUAGGCUAUGUGAAGAUAUUUACAUAAUUAUUUAAAGAAUAGCCCAAGCAGCUUUAAAAAGUUCUGUUUUUCAUGCCAAUAAAGCUGAGCUUAGAUUCAUUCUCAGUAGGCUUUCUUUCUUUCUUUCUUUCUUUCUUUCUUUCUUUCUUUCUUUCUUUCUUUCUUUCUUUCUAUUGCAGAAAUGUAAGAAAUUUAGUACUUAUGAUAUUCACAUACAAUAAUAUUUCUUUUGAGUUAACAAAUAUGUCUAGGGCUUUAUGGGAAGGCAGUGGGAAUAAAUGUAUUUAUACCUUCCUUAAGCAUCUCUGGGACUUAGCACUCUGGUAUGGAGAGAGAUGAACUCUCAAAUGGUUGUAACAAGCCUCAUCUCGGUUUCCUGCCAAUCACUAAUCACUCAGUAUUUUUGGAGUGGGAAAUGCACCUUUAUUUCUUAAUUUGAGUUCUUGCACUCUUAACAUUUUCAUAUAACAUAAAGCGGAAAUGUGUGUUGUUUCCUUUAGUUCUAUAUCAACUUUUGUAUCCAUUGUAUGCAUAAGGUGGACAAUUUAUAUUCUUUAAUAUUUCAGCAUUAUUUAAAAAACGCUAGGAUUUGGAGAGCAAAUGCCCAUUCCUGCUUUGAAUGAAAACAAAAUUCUGUUAAGAGUUCCUGUGUAUUUUUCUCUGAAUUCUUCAGUAUUUGUUCUUCCUUCCCACUCCCUCCUCCACAUAAUUUGUUUUCUGAUUUUUUUUUUUUUUAAUUUUAUUUGGGUUUUGGAAUAAAGGCUUCUGGUUUUUACAUUAAAAAAAAACUUUUCUACACCUCUUUUGUAAACAAAAUGAUGAAUCAGCUGUACGCUUUCUCCUUCGGACUUUUUUUUGCAAUUUCAUAUGUACAAUUUUGUUUCGGUUUGAGGCAGUAUUGGAGCAAUGCAUUGGCAAAGAAUAUUUAAUCUUCUCUUACAUGCCGUCUUUUCAUAUUAAAUUAUACAGACCCCCUAGCUAGCAAAAGAUGCAGAUAUUACAUAAAAGGAGAAUGCAGUCAUUGCCUACUGUAUAUAUAUGGAGAUAAAUCAUUUUAUGAUAAACCUUUAGGGUUAUAUGUACAAUACUAGAAUAGGAACAAAAACAAACAUGACAGGAAUAUGAACAGUGAGAAGAAGCAAUUUUCUAUCACUACAGUUGUGUCCUCCUGUAGGCAAUUAAGAAUGCAAAAAUAUGUCCAUAUCUACUUUGCAUUCCUGAAACUGAAAUCACAUUUUUCUGUAAAAGAAUAGCUUCAGCUAUUUUUUUAAAGGCUAUGGAUCAUGCAAUAGUAUUGUUGGAGUUUUGAAUCCUCAGUCCAAGAGUGAAUUUAUUUUAAAGCAAAUAUAUUUAAUUUCUCAGAAAACAAAACAAAAAAAGUUCUACCAGGGCAGUAUGUUGUCUUUGCAAGAAACAAUAUAAACAUGCCGAUUGGUAGUGCUAUAAAUAAUAAUUUGCCACAAGAAUGCGUGAUUUAUGUCAAAUUUAUAAUGAUUGGAUAUUAUUUCCAACAAUUAUUUCUCUUAUGAAGACUAAUAAAAAGCAAUGGACUUGGUUUUAGGAUAUGUUAAGUAUAGAUUUAACAUGUUUAUUUAAACUACAUUUUAAAAACUGGAUUAAAUUUAAAACAGGCAUUUAAUAGAACAGCAUUACAGAAAUAUUUAAACCUGAUCUUUCUCUAGUUUUCAUGACUUCCAUCCAUUUCUACAAGUGGAUGGACCAAAAUGUCUUGAGAUGCUUUAUCAUAGCUACAGGCAGGGCCUUAAUGCAUAACCCUGAGUUCUUUAUCCAAAAUUCUCAUCUGUAUUAGAAAUCCAAAUAGCACACGUCCUUAACAGCCCAACCAUAAAAUUUUGCUUUGCAAAUUGAAGUUCAGUUUCAGCUCAAUCCAGACAAAUGUGAAAACCAAAUUCAUAGAUAACUUCACUUGUAAACAGUUGGGGGGGGGAAUUAGCAAGAUUGAGAUAAUAGACUACAAACUUUUGAUGACUUCUGGCUGUAUUGAAUCGGUCGAGCCAUGAUGCAAAAAGUUAUGUUUUUAUUAGAUAUUAUGCUAUUACAAUAAACAUUUAAUUCUGUCUUCA